AUGGCCGCAGCGGAGGUGACGCCCGCGUUCAUCAACACCUCCGCCGAGGCUGGUCCGUCCAAGCGGACAGCUGCUGAGAAAUGGCACAAUCCGGAGGGUCCGCCCGUAGGGUCUAACUUCGGCGCCAGGCUGCUGGAUGAUGCUCAAGAUGUGUGGAGUCAUAAUGCUUGGGAUCAUGUUGAGCUGCCGGACGACUUUGCGGAACGCGCAGAGGUCAUUAUGGAGAGACAUAGAGCUACGCCAGUGAAGGAGGAGAUCCGAGACGACUAUAACGAAAGACCAGCCUGGUUCUGGGAUAAGUUCUAUUCGAAGCACAAAGAGGCCUUCUUCAAGGAUCGGGCAUGGUUACGGCUCGAGUUCCCCGAGUUGAUCGCUUGCACCGAAGCAGAUGCUGGACAAAAGACGAUACUUGAGGUCGGAUGCGGUGCCGGCAAUACUGUCUAUCCUCUCUUGAUGCACAAUGAGAACCCCGACCUGGUCUUAUGGGCGACAGACUACUCCGCGCAAGCCGUCGGGGUCGUCAAGUCAAAUCCCAUGUACCCCCGCGCGGAGCAUGGCAAGGGCAUCCUGAAUGCUGCUGUUUGGGACAUUACCGCUAAGCCCUCGCCAAAUGCUAUGGAUGGGGUCGACCACACUAUACCUGAAGGUGUACACCCGGGUAGCGUUGACAUUAUCACUGCGAUCUUUGUGCUUUCGGCAUUGCACCCCAAGGAAUGGGUGCAGGCGAUACAUAAUAUGUUCACGGCACUCAAACCCGGUGGCAUGCUACUCAUCCGAGAUUAUGGCCGCCACGACCUCGCCCAGCUGCGUAUCAAGAAGGAUCGACUACUCGACCCCGAGAUCCCAAAUCUUUACAUCCGAGGAGACGGCACGAGGGUCUACUUCUUCACAAAGGAGGAUCUUGAAGCUAUACUCUCUGCAGCACCACGCCGAUCCAGCGCCUCUGGUGGCGAGGAAGGGAGUCGCGAGAAGAUGUUCGAGGUGGAUCAACUUGGAGAAGACCGGCGAUUGCUCAUCAACCGGAAAGAGAAGCUGAAGAUGUACCGCAUCUGGAUGCAGGUCAAGGCGAGGAAGCUGUAG